CCGCUCCCGAUGGACGCAGCCAGCGAGUACCGGUGCCCAGUCUACUCGAGCGACACGGUCGACGCCGCCAAGCGCGCCGAGCUCCUCGUGCGCCCCGUCAAGUCGUCGGCCGACAUCCUCGCCCUCGUCUCGCCCAUCCUCGACUCGGUCCGCAACGGCGGCGACGAGGGCCUGCGCUCGUGUGUCGUCAAGUUUGACCGCUGCCUCGCCGCCGAGGACACGGCCUUCCCGCUCACGCUCAAGGCGCCCUUCCCCGCCGAGCUCGCCAAGAUCGACCCAAAGGUCAAGCAGGCCAUCGACGUCGCCUACAGCAACAUCAAGGCCUUCCACUCGGCGCAGAUGGAGCGCGAGUCUGAGCCCAUCCGGGUCGAGACGAUGCCCGGCGUCGUUUGCCAACGCUUUGCUCGCCCGAUAGGCAGCGUUGGCCUCUACGUCCCCGGCGGCACGGCCGUCCUCCCCAGCACCGCCCUCAUGCUCGGCGUCCCUGCGCAGGUCGCCGGCUGCAAGAACAUCACCCUCGCGACCCCUCCUCGACCCGACGGUUCGAUCUCGCCCGAGAUCAUCUACAUCGCCGGCCUUGUCGGUGCGCAGACGGUCGUGCGGGCAGGAGGCGCCCACGCCAUCGCGGCCAUGGCUUACGGGACCGAGACGGUGCCCAAGGCGGACAAGCUGUACGGCCCGGGCAACCAGUUCGUCACGGCGGCAAAGAUGUCGGUGGCCAUGGACUCGGGCGCACGAGUCGCGAUCGACGUUCCGGCAGGUCCCUCGGAGGUUCUCGUCAUCGCCGACAAGACGGCCGACCCAGCAUUGGUCGCGUCCGACCUCCUCGGCCAGCAGGAGCACGGCCUCGACUCGCAGUCCGUCCUCAUCACGAUCGACUGCGACGAUGCCUAUGUCGAGGCCGUCAACGCGGCCGUCGCCGAGCAGGCGCAGGCGCUUCCUCGGGCCGAGAUCCUGCGCAAGAGCCUGAGCCAGAGCUUCAUCCUCCAGACCAAGACGGUCGACGAGGCGUUCGCCUUCUCGAACGACUACGCGCCUGAGCACCUCCUCCUGUACAUCGCCGACGCGGCAAAGUCGAUCGAGCUCGUCGAGAACGCCGGCUCCGUGUUCGUCGGCCCGUGGUCUCCCGUCGCAUGCGGCGACUAUGCGUCUGGCACCAACCACACCCUGCCCACGGUCGGCUACGCCAAGCAGUACUCUGGCGUCUCGACCUCGUCUUUCCUCAAGCACUUUACCUCGCAGGAGCUCUCUCCCGCAGGGCUCAAGAACCUCGGGCCGUACGUCGAGAUCCUCGCCGACGUCGAGCAGCUCGGCGCGCACAAGGCGAGCGUGUCGCUUCGGCUCGACAAGAUUGCUCGCGAGGGCUUGUAGAACGAGACGAGCGACGACUGAAACCCAAUAGAACUGUGUUGCACAUUG